AUGAGCAAGUCAAUUCUGCCGAAGGAAACCCUCUUGGCGUGUUUGGAAAGAGUGUUGCAUCGCAACUUAAAACUUUUUCGGGUAGAAAAUGCCUUAUUAGCUCAGUGUCGAAUCCGAAUCCUUUUGAGCGAAAUCGGUAUCAAGGAUUACAGAGAAAAGUCUGCGCCGAAUAACAGCAGUCAAAGAUCAUCUUCUGUAUUUCCAAAUUUCAGUGAUGUUAGUUAUACAUCUACUGCGUCAACAGACCAUGUGACAAACAGAUUUGAUGACCUCACCUCAGAAUCGGACACUCUUCGCACCACGAAUGAUAUUAUAACGUUAGCUAUGGCCGCUGCCUGUGACAGUGACAUCGGGAACGAACAAGUUUAA